AUGUGGUACUUCUCUGGCGGCAUGAGCUGCCCUGCCGAAAUGGAUUCAGUGUACUGGUGUACUGUGCGUGUUCUGUCCAUGCCCUUCACUCAGGUGGCCAAGGUGCUGCGCCCGUCUUCGCUCUCUUCAGGCCUGUGCAGCCUUCGUAGCUUUUCCAAAGUGCCACAGCGUGCUGCGAUGAAUGCAGCAAAUCUUGCACAGACUCUGUUGUACAGACUCUGUCGCAUCGUGCCGUGGCCACUGGUGGGCAUGUGUUGCCAGGGCUUGCUGGGUCGCGGUGCGCUACCAUCCGGGAAGUGA